GUGUAACGACAGUCAAUCGACGGUCAUCUUCAGGUCCGUUGCGGGUCCCCGAAAGUCUAGCUUAAGUUAAUUGUUGCUGGACCCCAUCCACCGGACUUACAAUUUUCCUCUUCUUUUUUUCCUGGCCCAUAUCGGCGCAGUCUCAAGUCGCGCAACAUUCUUGAGAUCCGAUCGCGCUACAAUUCAGAGGAUCUUGACAAAAUGGUUUCUUUCUCCUGCGAGGCGUGCGGUGAUGUUCUCACCAAGAAGAAGCUCGACCCUCAUCGCAACCAAUGUCGCGGCGCUUCGUACACUUGCAUCGACUGCAUGGUGCAUUUUCAGGGAACUAGCUACAGAUCACACACGUCCUGCAUGUCCGAAGCGCAAAAAUACCAAGGCGCACUGUACAGAGAGAAGCCGGCCAAGAACCAACGCAAAGGGCAGAACAACGGCAGACAAAACCAGAACCAGAACCAACAUCAACAUCAAAACCAGAAGCAGACCCCCCAUGGCCACCGGGCACCCUAUGUGGAGGAUGGAACCGACACCGACGGCCUCCCACCCCCUGCUCCUAGCCCUCCCCCCGCCGGGGUGGAAAAGACCCCCCGCGCGGAAGGCAAGACCGACAAGCCGGUCAAUGUCUUCGACUUUCUUGUUCCGGAGGGUACUCCCAAUGCUUCCAAGGUAUCUGUGAACGAGAACAAGGAACAGAUGAAGAUGGUCGCCAAUGCGCCAUCGGUCUUCGAGGCGAGCAAGUCGCUGGCUCGCGUUGACACGAAUGGCGAUGACGACAACAAGGCUUACGACGUCGCGUAUGAGGAGAAUGGAUUUUCGUACGGCUCCGGGCCCAUCAGCCAGUCGCCUUAUGACGGCAAGGCUCCGAAUGUGUCGAUGGAGUUCAUGACCCCUGCGCCCAAAAAGAAGAAGGACCGCUCCUCCAAGGCCGAGGGUGUCACGAGCGAGAAGAAGCGCAAGCGCCGCACCGAGGACCACGACGCUGAGGCAGACACCCCUAUGUUGGAUGCCCCCUCUAGCGUAGUCAACCACCCCGGCACCCCGAUGCUGAACCACUCCGGACUGACGGGAGGACUAAAUCGCAUGCUCCGCUCCCCGUCGCUGGACGACUCCGAGGGCAAUGAGAACGCCUCUCGCCGGCGCUACCAGGAAACCUCCUCCCCAAUCAAGCGCACCCGUCGCGACGAGAAGGAGAACAACGCCGAUGCGGGCUUGGGCAUCUCCAUGAAGAACCGUGCCGAACGGUUUGUCUCGUCGAUGUUCGGAGGCUCCUCUGUCUCCGGUAGCAGCGCCAACGGUCAACUGGAGACCCGUCGCUCGAAGAAGACCCACAAAAUCCGCGAGAAUGGCGAGGUCAAGGUCGCGGGCUCGGAAGAUUCCCGCAAGUCCAAGCGCAAGAGUAGCGCCCAGACUGAGGGUGACCGGCCGUCGCGCCGCCAGAAGCAGAUCGAAUACCCCGACUCGCACCACGACGAGGACGGUCGUCAGAUGACAGUCUACCCCAGAAGCACGGUGCCUGAUGGCUUGCCCCAGCAGAUGGCGACCCACUUCCUGUCUCUUGUGACCAAGGGUCCGGAGAGCUCUCGCGGGUUCUCGGUCAAUAAGGUGUUGAAGCGCUUCCACAAGGACUUUACUGAUGAGUUCGAUGGUGACCGGGGUCGCGACCAGGGCCGCAGUCGCGCGGACCGCGAGCGGAGAAUCGAUGAUGAGAAGGAGCUGUGGCGGACUUUGCGUCUGAAGAUGAACGAGCGGGGCGAGAUUGUGGUUUUCAUUUGAGUACCUUGCGGCCCAUGUUGGGGUGCGUUUUCCGAUACCUAUUUCUCUUUUAGUGCAUUGCGAUCAUGGCAUGGAGGUUUAUUGCUUAGGAUUAUUGCAUACAUUGUCUGAAUGUGCUGUCUAUGUUCCGAGUCUCUGGCUUGUAGCUUUCUUCACAUCGCA